GUGCUCCACAGGCUUCCAGUGACAGCUCUCGCAGUCACUGCGGAUGACUGUACAGCGUUCUCAGUGUCGAAGGAUGGAUCCAUCUUCCAGACUGACAUUGAGUCUGGGAAAAGGUAUGCAUGUGCUUCAGACGACGCCGUCAAGGACACAGCCGAUACUGGCCCGCCAGAGUGGGUGAAAAAGGGCCCCCGCAAGGCCGGCCGCAACUCGCUCCUGGCUGCUGCUGUGAGCGACGAUGGGCGCUACCUGGCAGUGGGUGGCGGCGACAAGCGCGUGCAUGUCUGGGAUGUGCGCAGCCGCGAGCACAUCCAGGGCUUCCCGGGCCACAGAGAUAUUGUGUCGGGGCUGGCCUUCCGCCAGGGCACCCACGAGCUCUUCAGCGCCUCCUUUGACCGCUCGGUCAAGACAUGGAGCUUGGACGAUCGCGCGUAUGUGGACACUCUGCUGGGGCACCAGAGCGAAGUGCUGUCAAUAGACUUACUCCGGCAGGAGAGGGCGGUGACGGCAGGCCACGAUCACACCUGCAGGGUGUGGAAGGUGCCGGAGGAGUCGCAGCUGAUCUUCAGGUCGCACGCACCGGCCGUGGACUGCGUGCGCUACAUCACAGGCACACAGUGGCUCAGCGGCGCCUCGGACGGCUCCCUGGCAGUUUGGAGCCAGAUGAAGAAGCGCCCAGUCAGCGUGAUCCGCGGCGCCCACAGACCUCCGACGAACGGCGCAGACGCAGAUGACGCGGCGGCGGGUGCCGGCACCAUCGGCGGCGACGCUGCGUCCUGGGUGCAGUCUGUUGCAGUGUGCCACGGCAGCGAUCUGGUGGCGAGUGGGGCAGCUGACGGGGUCAUCCGGCUGUGGGCGGUCCAAGAGGGGCACACAGGCGUGCACAACCUUUCGCCGAUAGGCGGCCUCCCCGCCAGGGGCUUUGUGAAUUCCCUCCACAUUGCGCGCAGCGGCCGCUUCGUGCUGGCUGGCAUGGGCCAAGAGCCCCGCCUGGGGCGCUGGUCACGUGAUGGCCUUGCCAAGAACGGCCUCCUGCUGCACCAGCUGAGCUUGGAGGACUGA